CGGGGCGGGCACAGGCGCGGUGGCGGCACGUGAAGGUCGCGGCGUGGCGGUGCCGGUGCCGCCGGUGGUCCCGGCGCGGGGAUGGAAGCGCCGUCCGCCGCCGGGCUGGGCGGCGCCGACCCCCAGCUCCAGCGUUUCAUCGAGGUGGAGACGCAGAAGCAGCGGUUCCAGCAGCUGGUGCACCAGAUGACCGAGCUGUGCUGGGAGAAGUGCAUGGACAAGCCGGGGCCGAAGCUGGACAGCCGGGCCGAGACCUGCUUCGUGAACUGCGUGGAGCGCUUCAUUGACACCAGCCAGUUCAUCCUGAACCGGCUGGAGCAGACGCAGAAAUCCAAGUCGGCCUUCUCGGAGAGCCUGUCUGACUGAGCGGGACCCGCGCCCUGGGGGGACGCCGGCCCAGCCCCCUCCAGGCUGGACCCUCCGCCGUGCCGGCUCCUGGCCACUCUGCUGCCCGAACGAGCCAGGGUCAUCAGCUCUGGGGUUUAGGAUUUAAUUAAAUGCCAGUCUUGGGGAAGUUGCAGCCAGAUGAGAGUCCCCAGCAGAGGCACAGCCGUUCCUCCUGGGUGUGAGGUGCUGCUCCUGGCCCUGCAGGCCAGCAGCUGUCUUUGUGCUGGGACUCCAGGGCUGGGGAGGCUACACAGAUGUGUUUGGAACACCCCUGCUCAGCUGAACGGAGGGGUGGUGACACUCACAGCAGGGGAUGCUCCCUGUGCUGAUGGGAAUCUCGGCUCUGGGUGAGUUCAGCCUGCAACUGCUGCCUUAAACCGUGCUGCACCAGAGGAUGAACCCUCCAGGGUGGAUGCUAAGAAGCCCUGCAGGUGCCAUCACUGUGCAGGCUGGUAGAGGUGUCCUCAGCAAGAAGAGCUUCUUGGGCACAGUGAUCACCCCGGGCAGUGUCACUGCUGGAAAACACUUUUCAGGCUUCCAUAGGUAAAUCAUUUCUGUGGCCAAGUGACACAUUUUCAGAUUGCAGCACAUCUCUGUCAGCACUGACGUGCUCCAUUAACUGCUCUCCCCUGGUCAAUGUAAUAAAUAUUAACUGAGUCAA